UUAUAUAAAAUCUAUUAAUCAUAGAACAUAUAUACUUACUCUAUGGUAGUAAGCUGUUUUCACACGAUUUCUUUGCAACCGAUGUAAAUACAAGAAGAAGUAUCAUAUAUAUUGUUCCAAAAUGAAAGUGGAGACAAGUGAAACAUAUGAGACUGCUGAAUGUUCAGAAUUAGGAGAGAACUUCAAAACUCAUUUACAAAAAAUCGAAGAUGUUGAUAUAUCCAAACAAUUCAUUGAUGAGAAUGGUGGUCCUAAGAGAAUAGAAAUCUCUGAAAAUAUUGAAAAUGAAUCAAGAUAUCCAUCCAAAGACAAUAGUUUCAUUGAUGUUUCUUUAAAAACAGAAGAAUUGCCCCAAAUUCAUAAAGAAUCUUUCCAUCUCAAUAUGCAGAAACAUAAGUGUCACCUAUGUGAUUUUGCUCCAAAUCUGAAAAUGGAUCUCAAGAGACAUUUAGAUUCAGUUCAUUUAACUUCUAAGAAACAUAAGUGUCAUAUGUGUGAAUAUGCUGCAAAUCAUAAAAAAAGUCUCAAAAAUCAUGUAGAAAAAGUCCAUUUUAAAUUGAUGGAACAUAAGUGUCACAUGUGUGAUUUUGCUACAAAUCUGAAAAUGGAUCUCAAGAGACAUUUCGAUUCGGUUCAUUUGAAAUUGAAGCCACAUGAAUGUCACCUGUGUGAUUACGCUACAAAUCGGAUUGAUAUUCUGAAACGACAUAUAGGAACAGUUCAUUUAAAUUUGAAAGAGCAUAAGUGUCAUAUGUGUGAUUAUGCUGCAAAUCUGAAAAUAGAGAUCAAGAGACAUUUCGAUGCAGUUCAUUUGAAAUUAAAGAAACAUAAGUGUCACAUGUGUGAUUAUGCUACAAAUUGUAAAAAAAGUUUCAAAUGUCAUGUAGAAUCAGUCCAUUCGGAAUUGAAGGAACAUAAGUGUCACCUGUGCGAUUAUGUUGCAAAUCUGAAAAUGGAUCUCAAAAGACAUUUAAAUUCGGUUCAUUCAAAUUUUAAAGAACAUAAGUGUCACCUGUGUGAUUAUGGUGCAAAUCUUAAAAAAAGUCUCAAAUAUCAUAUAGAUUCAGUUCAUUUAAAUUUGAAUCAACAUAAGUGUCACCUUUGUGAUUAUGCUACAAAUUGGAAACUGUUUCUCAAACGACAUAUAGAAUCAGUUCAUUUGAAAUUGAAGGAACAUAAGUGUCACCUGUGUGAUUAUGCUGCAAAUCGGAAAGAGCAUCUCGAAAAUCAUUUCAAUUCAGUUCAUUUAAAUUUGAAGCCACAUAAGUGUCACAUGUGUAAUUAUGCUGCAAAUCGGAAAACGUAUCUUGAGAAACAUUUAGAUUUGGUUCAUUUAAAUUCGAAGAAAGAAGUAUCAUCUGUGUGAUUAUGCACUAAUGGCUCAAAGUUCACCAUCAUAUGCGAGCGUACAGGCGUUCAACACUAUACCAGGAAAUAUAGUUGCUGCUGAUAGUACAAAAUACAAAAAUUCGUCGCAAGCUCCCUGCAAUACAUGGAAAUUUUGGAAUGAAGAAAACCUACUUGUUUUUUGUUUUGAUUUUAAUUUAUUCUUUUUAUUGUCAAUAAAGGCCUAUUAUUAUUA